AUGAAUCGUCCCCCUACCAUCACCCAGACCAACGACGAGGGGGCGCGGUACGUUCCCCCGCGGCCGCGCCGACAACCGCAGCUCCGAAUUGAGCCCGAGACCAGCGACGAGGGGGCGCAGUACGUUGCCCCGAGGCCGAGCCGCCGACCGCAGCUCCGAAUUGAGCCUGUCCCACUUCCCCGCGCAGCUAUGCGCACAGCUGCACCCGCGCGCGCCCUGCCCCCGACGUCCACCACCGCCCACACGUCCAGGAUGCCGACAUUGACCGAGCGCGCCAACAACCUGACACCCGCACAGCUCUGGCAGUUCUCGCGCGCGACGCCCUACCCCAUGUCGACCAUCCCUACGUCGGCUGCCCCGGGAACCCACGACGCGCGCACGGCGCCCGCCCCGAUGGGCACCCCUAGCGGGUACGUUCUUCCAAGCCUGCCAUUGCACGACCUCAUCGGCCUAGCUGAGGCUCAAGUCGCCACCCGGAUUGCAGGCGACGAUGACAAUGCGACGCUGAGCGCCAGCGAAGGGGACGAGCAGGAAGAAGAGACGGUCGAGCGCGAGCUCGAGCGGGAAGACGAGACGGACGGGGGCAGCACAAGCUCAGCCACGACCACUACUUCAGACGUCGUGGGCUUCGCAGACGCCAAGCUGAGGAGCGCGAUCGACAGCCUCAAGGCUAGCCUGGAUGGGCUGGAGCAGGCGGUCCAGAACCUUUCGGAGGAGGUCGAUCGCUUCGCUGGAUGA